CCCGAAGCGCGAGUCGCUCGAUAGCCCUCCCAAGUCGCCGGCGCCGCGGACGCCGGGGGUAAGACUUCGGAAUGAACGCGUCGGUGGCGUGAGCUCACGAGAGGUACUACGGUACCGGUACCGGUAUGGUACCGGUAUCGUAUCGCGGCAGCAUCGCACUUUUGCCUGUUUUGCUCACCGUGCAUCCGACCAGGAGUUUGUUUCGCAUUUCUGGAGCCGUAUAUCAUUCACACCCUGCGUGCACGCCAUCAACGCAGCGUCGCGUGCCUCAGAAUAGCCGCACCAAACUCGAAGCCAGAUUAGAGCUGCCAAAAAAUGCUCGUCGCGCGCGCCCUCCGCCCGACGACGCGCCGGCUCCGGGCGCUGAGCUACCUCGCCUCCAUCGACCAAGGGACGAGCAGCUCAAGAGUCAUCCUCUACGACGCCGAAACAUUAGAACCGGUCGCCUCGCACCAAGUCGAGCUGCAGUCGGCCACGUCCACUCCGGAGCCGGGCUGGUCCCAGAUGGACCCUGCAGCCAUAUUGAAGAGCGUCGAUCAAGCAGCGGCUGGUGCAUUGGACAAGGCGAACGCGUCGGCGAAAGACGUCGUCGGCGUGGGCAUCACGAAUCAACGGGAGUCCACGGUCUGCUGGGAUUCACGAAGUGGAGACGCGUUAUAUGAUUGUAUAUUAUGGCACGACGCUCGUACUAGAGAUGUCUCCCAAUCAGUACAAGAUAAGUUAGGUGGUAUUGAUGCCUUGCGAGGUGUCACUGGUUUACCUAUCUCGACCUACUUUUCGGGCGUGAAGCUGAAAUGGCUCCUGGACGAGGUACCAUCAAUACGUAACGCCCUGGAGCAAGGUUCGUUACGCUUCGGCACGGUGGAUACGUGGCUCAUGCACCACCUGACUGGGAACCAUAUCACGGACUUCACGAACGCGUCCCGAACGCUGAUGAUGGAUCUCGCUUCUGGUGAGUGGGAUGCAGGUUGUAUUGAUGCGCUGGGACUGCCUCCCUCGAUGAUAACCGCUCUACCGGAGAUCAGAGGCUGUGCCGAGACGUUAGGCGUCAUUGAUAAAGGCCCUCUGCAAGGUUGUGCCAUAACAGGCGUGUUGGGCGACCAGAUGGCGGCGACAGUUGGGCAAAGAUGUUUUGCGGUCGGAGACGCGAAGAUAACGUAUGGGACGGGCGCCUUUCUCCUGACGAACGCUGGAGAUAGUCCAGUACCCUCGAAGCACGGUCUACUAUCAACAGCAUUGUACGACUUUGGUGGGAAAAAAACUUAUGCCUUGGAGGGUGCGGUCGCGUGCUGCGCCGUGGGCCUCAAUUGGUUCCGCGACUCCCUAGGUAUGGUGGCAACGGCGCCGGAGCUGUCCGAUCUGGCUUCUUCGGUCGAGUCGACGGAGGGCGCGUACUUCGUGUCGGCCUUUUCUGGCUUAUUAGCACCGCGCUGGCGCGACGACGCCCGCGCAGCUCUUGUAGGCUUGACGCUGGCCCACGACCGAAGGCACGUCGCGCGAGCCGUCCUGGAGGGCGUCGCAUUGCAGUGCAACGACGUCAUUGCGGCCAUGGCCGAGGACACGGCCAACGAAGCGGCGACGCUGUACGUGGACGGAGGCGUCGCGCAGUCCGACGUCUUAUUGCAGAUGCAGGCCGACUGUGCUGGGAUUGAAGUUGCGAGACCUUCAGACGUCGAGACGACGGCGCUCGGCGCGGCCGUCGCGGCGGGCCUGGGCUCCGGCGUUUUUGGUUCGUUGGAGGCCGUCCCCAUUGACACAGGCGGCACGACGCGCUUCGCUCCAUCAAUAUCGUCGGAGGCGCGCGCCGCAAAACUAGAAUCGUGGCGGGCGGCCGUCGAGGCGACGUACGGGUGGGCGGACCGGGUUUGACCUUUUACCGCGUAAGACAAUUUUCCUAGCA